CUAAGCGCCCCAACUCAGCGACCGCCAGCCCGCGGACGGAUGAUAGUCGAUGUUCUUGCGGACGGGCGGGUCAUGCAGCUGUCGGUGCUGCUGGUAGGGGUGGUGGGGAGGGAGGGGCGGGUUGAUGGUGACCUCGAAGCCGUCCUCAUCCUUGACGGCCCGCAGUGUGUCGACGGCCCACAGUGUGUCGCCGUGGUGGAACAGCUGGAAGGUCACGCUGUUGCCGAAGUCGAUGUGGGGGCCGACCAUCUUGAGCUGAGCCAACACACGGGGAGCGGCCAAAUACGCCUGCACACACAACACAUCAACACAUUGACGACACACCGAUUGAGAGCCAUCCUUUUUCCCUGCCUCCCUCCCUCGGUGGGCUUACCGUCUUGUUUGGGUAUUGGUGCAGAUCGCCCGCAGUGAGCCUCACAGGCAGCUGGCAGUUGCCGCACUGCCCCGCCAGCUCAACCGCCUCGCUCAUCUCACUCCAGCCGCCCGCCUCCGUCACACACAGCGCCGCCAGCAGGUCACCCACAUCCAUCUGCUGGUUGUCGAAGGUCAGCAGCUGCUGUCCGUUGCACGUCCGCCGCAGCCCCGCCUGUAUGCUGAGCUGAUCGUCUGUUGUCCAUUGGGUGAGCAGAUGCCGCAGCUGAGGCGCUUCGAAGAGGCCUCUGGCCCAUUUGCAGGUCUUCCUUAGAUGCAGCACAUCCCGCAGCGGAAAAUCGCUGCCGCGGUGGGCGCAGACGUACCACAAGGGGUGCUGCUGCUGCUGCUGGGUGUGCUGCAUGGGGGCUGCCGACAGUGAGCUGCCGCCCCCCUGUUGCUGCUGUGCCCCUGCCGCAGCACCACCCGCACCAAUCGAGCCACCUGAAGGCACCACACAGCACAGGACGGUCAUCACGAUAUGCAGUCCACCAACAGCAGCCGAUGCUUUCCGCACCUCCGCUGUGCCCACCACCAGCAGCAGCAAGGCUGAGGUCUACGCGUCUACCCUUCUUGGCGCCGCCGUCAUCAGCAGGCACCUGACCAGCAAAUGACCCAGAUACAUGAGCUCCUGUGGGUGUGGGUGUGGAUUUGUGCGUACCGCUCUGCCCUGCUGUGCAUUGUUGUCGGUCUCGUUCGGUCCCACAGCACCGCCCGCCCCCCACUGGUGAGCUUCGCUGUCAGCAGCCAUGCGCUGAGACGGACACACACAAGAAAGGGAGUGACCGGCCUGUGUGUGCCACUCAGUCACUGGUCAUUCCAUCCAUUCUCACAUGUGUGUUGCAGUCAGUGGUGAUCUGCGCCAGCUGCCUGCCGAGGGCCGAGUGGGUAUCGCUGAGAGUCUCCAGAACGGUCGACAGGCUGCCGUCCACCAUCUCAGCAUCCUGCAACAAAGGCAGAAAGACGGGCUGACCAGUGAGUGAGUGCAGCAGCUCGGCCGUGCGGUCUCUGACGACCUGUUCGUUGUCGGUGUGUGUGGCUAUCAUCUGCUCGGCCAGAUCAACACCAGACAGAAACUUAGAGGCUUCCUGAAAGCCAAAAGCAGCGCAGCAAUGUCGGUGUGGAGCCCUCCCCUUCUCCCUCCCCACCUCACCGAGCGCAACUCGCGGAUCUUCUGCAGAAGGUCACCACCGCUACUACCGCCACUCCCACCUGUGUGUCACAUUCCCGCCAGGCAAUGAACGACACACAAACGGGUCGCCCACGUCCAUCAGUCAAUUGUGUGGUUACACUGCAUGUGCUGUCCAUCCAUUCACCGCUCACCUCUGGCGGACGGCGCCGGGCCGUCACCGUCAUUGUCUGUGUCCAUCGGGAGAACACGCUCACCCAUCUGCACCCACCGAAGAGCCAACAACACACACAAGGAAAUGCGGUGAGCGCACCAACAAACCCUCUGUGAUGAUGGUCCGUGUGUAUCUUGUGCUCUGAGUUCGCAGGGCAGCUUACUGCUUGAAUUUCGGCGGCAGCCUCCCAGCUGGCACCGACGAGUCAUCAAUGGGCUGGCUGGCCCGCCACAACUGCAAAACCUCUCACUCACGCCGUCAUCAAAUCUGACACGGAGGCCACACACACGGGUGUUCAUGAAGGGCCGGGAGGGCAUGUGCUGUUUGUUUGUUGUUGUUUCCUCGCCUGAUGUGCCUGCCUGCCCUUCUGACUGCACCCACCCAGUGCUUUGUCACUGAGUGUUCUAUUGCUGGCCGCUGAUGGACUUCAGUGCAUAUGCCUACCGAUGACAAUAUAUGGCAGGAGGAUGCUGUGAGGGAGGCAUCACAGACUCAUAGCUAAUGGGAGCAACAUCUCAAAGGGUUUGUGGGGUUGCAGGGUAUGAAACCCAGACAACCAUGGCUACACACAUGCGCCAGACAUCGCCUCUCGGUCUCUGUUGUCUGUCCUCUCGUCCAAUCAUCAUGAGACACACAAACACAAACACAAACACAAACACAAACACAAACACAAACACGCAGAGAGAGAGAGAGGCAUCAGCUGCAUCAACUCACCCAGAAGAAAGCAAAACCCAAUUAAACCCUCGAUGUAUUGCCGAUCCAGCCAUUUAUGUCAUGCAGAGAGAGAGAGGGGGGCCAUGGCCAUGGCCAUGGGUGCAUGGCAUGGCAUGGCAUGGCAUGGAUGUGCGUAUGUACACCGUAUGAGUGUGUGUGUACAGACAUACAAAUAAGCAUACAAGACAUACAGAAAUCGACAGACUGACAGACAGGGCAGCAGAG